CUCCUCUUUCCCCCUCGGAGUUGUUGGUCAGGCUCUGUUUCCGGCGUGUCCUUGAGCUGUGUCCCUGUCAUGCUCUCCCGCUGCCUGGCCCGGGCCCUGCGUUGCCCUGUGACCGCACUCCGACGGGGUCAUGGAGAGGUUCGGAGUCGCCCGUUUGUGGAGAUAUCCGGCUGCCGCGUUUCAUCUUUCAGCGGGAGCCGGAAGCUGAGACUUCCUGGUCCGGCCCUGACGGAAGCUCGAUUCUACCGCACGUCUCCGGUUCGCAGGCAGGAUGUGGUGACGGUUAAUACUCCGGCGUUUGCAGAAUCUGUCACCGAAGGAGAUGUCAGGUGGGAGAAAGCCGUUGGCGACACGGUUUCUGAGGAUGAAGUCGUGUGUGAGAUCGAGACCGAUAAGACCUCCGUGCAAGUACCUGCCCCUGCUGCUGGGGUGAUAGAGGCUCUUUUGGUUCCUGAUGGAGGAAAAGUGGAGGGAGGGACCCCGCUGUUUGUCCUGAAGAAGUCUGGAGCUGCUCCCACCAAGACUAAACCAGCCGAAUCCGCAGCUCCCAAACAGCCCCCCACAGCUUCACCCCCUGAACCUGCCUCCGGGGACAUUCCCUCCGCCCUCCCGCCUGUGCCGCCCGUGUCCUCCCAGCCGCUAGACACCAAACCAGUGUCUGCUGUGAAGCCGUCUCCUGCUCCACCGGCUCCUGAGGGCCCUCCGUCUGCUGGUUCCCGGUCCGAGCACAGAGUAAAAAUGAAUCGCAUGCGCCAGAGAAUCGCUCAGCGGCUGAAGGAGGCUCAGAACACGUGCGCCAUGCUCACCACCUUCAAUGAGGUUGAUAUGAGUAACAUCCAGGGCAUGAGGACUCUGCACAAAGAUGCCUUCCUCAAAAAGCACAACCUGAAACUGGGCUUCAUGUCGGCGUUUGUUAAAGCUGCGGCGUUCGCAUUACAAGACCAACCAGCGGUGAACGCCGUUAUUGAUGAUACAACCAAGGAGAUCGUGUACAGAGAUUAUAUCGAUAUCAGCGUGGCUGUAUCCACUCCCAGGGGUCUCGUGGUUCCUGUGCUGAGAAACGUGGAAUCGAUGAACUUUGCAGAUAUUGAGAGGACGAUUGCUGAGCUGGGAGAGAAGGCACGUAAGAAUGAUUUGGCGAUUGAAGACAUGGACGGCGGUACUUUCACCAUCAGCAAUGGCGGGGUGUUUGGCUCCUUGUUUGGAACGCCCAUUAUCAACCCGCCCCAGUCUGCCAUUCUGGGCAUGCACGGUAUAUUCGAAAGGCCGGUCGCUGUGUCUGGUAAGGUGGAGAUUCGCCCUAUGAUGUACGUGGCUUUAACCUACGACCAUCGUCUGAUUGACGGCAGAGAAGCGGUUCUUUUCCUUCGUAAGAUUAAAUCCGUCGUGGAGGACCCCCGAAUCCUCCUCCUGGAUCUUUGAGUCCCCUCAGCGAGGUGCCUCCUUCAUACGCUGUUUUUAUUAUACCCUGGGAUAUGUUCUGGCUUCGGGACGCUGCCUCCUGGUGGUCACGCUGAUACCCGUGCGUUAUAAAGACUGGGCCCUCUGUCCUGCUGGGGGGUGACUGAAGUGAGAGCCCCUCUGAUCCGCUGUCCCGGCCGGGUGGGAGUCGAAGGGCUUUGACCUGCACGUCCCACCCUUCCCGUGGCUGGUUUGUGUUCGGCGCCGGCCCGUGGUGUACACAGAGCUCUAUACAAUAUUUAAAGCCCUUUUUGAUUUUAAAUGUAAAAAAUAAAUAUUAAAAUAAUUCCGGGGUGCGCUUUA